GACAAGGAUGGCAGCAGGGCUUAUAAUAAUGCACUUAUGACUUAAUUUGCCAUAAACAAGGGCGUUGCUAAUGUCCACAGUAGGCAAGCCAGUCUAUGGUCCUGCCCAGGGGGUGUUAUAAAUAGGAAAGGUUAAUUAGGUAGGGAAGAAAUUUGAUCAGGGUCUACCAGUUAAAAUUUGAUACUCAGACAGGUAACUCAAGCAUUACCUAUUGUCACUGCAAUCAGAGAUAUAAAUCGUGUCUGACGGACACCAUUCACAGCAUAACCUUCCCUAACUCUUUCGGAUCAAGACCGGUUGAGAACCUAAACGCGGACUAAAAUGUCGCUCUCAUCUAUCCUUUGUACUGAUGCAAUCGAAACAGCUCUAAAGGAAUGCCUGGCACCGGACUCCUUCAACUGCAGGAAAUUCUUUCAACAAUGUGGUCUGUCCAAGAAGAGCCCUGCGGAAGUGAAGACUGUCUUUAAAAUUCUGGACAAUGACAACAGUGGAUACAUUGAGGAGGAGGAACUCAAGUACAUCCUGCAGAGGUUCUCCCUUGGGGCUCGUGUCCUGACUGACAAAGAGACCAAGGCCUUCAUGUCCGCUUGUGACGAUGACAGCGAUGGCAUGAUUGGGGCAGAUGAGUUCCAGGCCAUGGUCCUAUCCUGAAUCCUCGGGAAAAACCAUCACACUUCUCCUCGCCCCACUCCAGAGCCAGGAUUUAAUUUUAGCUUUCCAUCUGUCCACCUAUUUACAAACAUGUAUUCUUUAUUUUGCAAGACACAGGUUCACUGACUCCACCACAUUCACACAAUUUUUAUUUUUGCUUUCCGCAUGCAUCUCAUAUUGGUCAAACAGCAUUAUACUACUGCCCAAAAUGUAUCACCAAAUUA